AGUCUUUACUCUUCGCCACAUCACAGAUUUUGUUUUCUUCCGUUUCUCGAAAUUCAGUUUCAUCAUCAUCCUCUCUGGAUUUAUAAAUUUUCAAUCUACCUUUCAAUCGCCGGGGGAUAAUCGAAACCCGAUCUGUGUAAAAAAAAUGAUGAAAUCGACGGCGAGAUUUGCGUCUGAUUGUCGUUAUAAUGAUCACAAAAGCAUAAAAGCGUGACGUUUCCGCGUCUUCGCGUAUCUCGGAAACUUUAAUCCGUAUCUAAAGAGCUAAAUUUGAAGCGAUCUUUCUCUUUUUCUUUUAAUAUUGUUUUUUUUCCUUGAAGCUUGCCUAGUUUCGAAGUUAUUCCAUGUUUUAUCUUCAAUUCUAGAUCAUAGUUUUUGGAAAUUUAGGUUUUAGUUUUUUUUGUUAAGCUCGAUCUGGAUUUGCCGAUUUGAAAUUUUGAGUAAAUCGCAAUGCCAUUACAUAUGAAAAUCCAACCGAUCGACGAAUCCGAUGUAUCGGAAGAGGUACCUUACCCGGAGACGAUGAGACAGAUGCCGAAAUCGAGGCUGAAGCGUCUCUUUGAGCGUCAGUUCACUAAUAAGAACGUUUCGGAGAAAUUUACCGGCUCAGAUGUUGAGGCACCGCUUUCGAGAGGUAACUCUGGAGAUUUUGAGCCGAGCUCUGUUUGUUUGGCCAAGAUGGUUCUAAAUUUUAUGGAGGACAACAACGGCGGCGAGAAACAGCGGUGUGGACGUAGCCGAUGUAACUGUUUUAGCGGGAGUGGUACAGAGAGCUCUGAUGAUGAAACUGAAUGUUCUUCUGGUGAAGCUUGUGAGAUCCUCAAGAGUUUGGUUCUCUGUAAGAGCAUCCGUGUGAGGAAUUUGCUGACUGAUGUGACCAAGAUUGCGGAAACAAGUAAGAAUUGCAAGCUUAAAGAUGGAUCGUGCUUGAAAAGUGUGGCUAAUGGGUUAGUGAGUUUAGGUUAUGAUGCGGCUCUAUGCAAAUCUCGCUGGGAGAAAUCUCCUUCUUGUCCUGCUGGUAUAGUCUAUAACUCUUUAUCUUCUGUGAAAAGGCAAAGUUGUAAAGCCAAGCCAUUUCUUAGGCUUCUUGCUUGACAGUAGAGUUGAUUGUUUUGUGAAAUGAAACAGGGGAAUAUGAGUAUGUGGAUGUGAUAAUGAAAGGUGAAAGACUGUUAAUCGACAUAGAUUUCAAAUCGAAGUUCGAGAUUGCUCGUGCAACAAAAACGUAUAAGUCGAUGCUACAAACUCUGCCUUACAUAUUUGUGGGGAAAGCGGAUAGGCUGCAGAAGAUCAUCGUUCUAAUAUGUAAAGCGGCAAAGCAGAGCUUAAAGAAGAAAGGACUUCAUGUACCGCCAUGGAGGAGAGCUGAGUAUGUGAAAUCCAAGUGGCUGUCUUCUCAUGUUCGUGUAGACCAAAACUCAAAUGGAGAAGUCAAGCAGGAAUCAGUAGAGGUGAUCGCUGAGUCGGUCAGUUCCAUAGUCUUCGGUGUCUGAAGGUUUAUAUAUAUGGCAUAACCUUCAAGAGAGGUGUGAGAUAUAGGAGUAUUCGAAUCCCUUAAAGUUUUUGAUAUUAAGGGUAUGUUACAGGAUCCAUGCAUACGUAGAAGUGUCUCUCCCUUGUCUUUUUUUUGGGUGUAAGGGAGAGUGUGAUCCCACUCUAUGGUUGUUGCUCUAUAUGAGGAUUAAUAGUAUUUUAAUUACUACGAUAUUAUACGUUUUUGUGACAUUUGGUAAAUCAGAGAGAAAUGUAGUGUUGAUCUACUACUUAAUUAUGCUCUACAAGUCGUGAUCUUGAUGUGGUCGUUUCUGGCAUUGAGAGUAGUUGAAAUUGUUUUGGUUUUAAG